AUGGCUACGACCUCCAACUUGUCGUUCGACCGCUACAUCGCCAGGUCUCAGUCCAGGUCACGCUCGAGCUCAGCGAACUCGUCUACAUUAUCGCAGUCUUUGCCUCCUCCUCCUCGCGUCAAGAAGCCAUCGUCCCCUGAUCCGUUGGCACCAUCUUCCACGUUUCAGGCAUCAAGAAACCUAAAAAGUAGCUCUCCUGCUCGACAGCCCAACAUAUCCAUGGCGUCUACAGUGUCUCCUCCACCCGACAGGGACCAACCACGCAGACCCAAUCCGUUUGCCGACUUUGGCAGCG